AUGCAACAGAAUCAAGAGUUGGUCUUCAAGUUGAGAGAAGUCAACUUAGUGUUUGAUAUAUAUAUAUAUAGCUCUAUUUUUUUGCAAGGUGAUUAUCACUGAAGGGGACCAUGAUUAUGUUGAAGAUCUCUGCUUUCCUUGUUACCUAUGCCCUGGUCAUAUGCCAGAUGUACAGCUCACAAGCGGCCCCUGCCAGACCGGGCAUAGACUCCAUGACAGAUCACGUCACGCUCACGGACUAUGAGGCACGGAGGUUACUCAACGCCAUAGUCAAGGAGUUUGUGCAGAUGACAGCCGAGGAGCUGGAGCAGCAAGUCAACGAAGGCAAUAGCAUGGAACGACCCCUUACCAAGCGCUGCUCCAACCUCAGCACCUGUGUGCUGGGAAAACUGUCCCAGGAGCUGCACAAAUUGCAAACGUUCCCUCGCACGGAUGUGGGGGCAGGAACGCCUGGCAAGAAGCGCAGCUUACCUGACAGGGAUCUCUAUACAGGCUACGGGGAGAUGCUUGAAAGUAUCUAACCCAGAUGCUUCCUUCCUCCUCUCCUCAUCCCGCUGCUUCCCUAUGGUUUUGGUUUGACAAGUCUCGGUGCAUGUGGAGUUUGCCUGCUUGAUUGACCCUUUAAGGAGAAUCUCUGAUUGCUAUCCCCCAACACGAUUGUUUUCCUUUACUUUGAGCUCAUUCCAUUUCAUUUUGACAGAGAAUAACAUACUUUACCAUUUUAGACAAUCAAUCAACUCAAUUGGGUUUAAAACAUAAUCAGUUCUUCUACAGGAGUCAUUUGAUUCAUCCUCAAUGUGCAAUCCUCACAGAACAAAUCAUUGAUUGUAUUGAAAACUGCUGAAGGAUCUAAUCAGGAAUGGGCAGAUUUUAGUUAUAUCAACAGAUAAUAAAUGGUUCCUCCAUGCAUCACCAUGUUUCUCAUUCAAUAAACGUAUUUUUCUACCAGGAAGCCUUUUCUUAUUUUCAACUUCAAAGUAAUGCUAUGUAGUU